AGGGAAACAAGAGAUGGAGAUGAUGAGGGUGAAGAGUGAAGAAAACCUGGGAAGGCGCCGCAUGUGUGUGGCAGAUGCUGAAGCUCAAGGGACACGCUGUGUCAAGAGACGACGAAGAGAUCCAGCUAUAGUCACACUUGGUUGUGAUGAUCAAAGUCAGCAACAGCAGCUGCCAAACCAACAACCUGAUCAAGCAUCUGCUGCCACCACUGUGAAGAGAAGUUCAAGAUUUCGCGGUGUCAGCAGGCAUAGAUGGACAGGUCGGUUUGAAGCUCACUUGUGGGAUAAGUUUUCUUGGAAUGUAACACAGAAGAAGAAAGGGAAACAAGUUUACCUUGGAGCCUAUGAUGAAGAAGAAUCUGCAGCCAGAGCAUAUGAUUUAGCUGCACUCAAGUAUUGGGGGGCAUCAACUUUCACCAAUUUUCCGGUUUCAGAUUAUGAGAAAGAGAUUGAGAUAAUGCAGUCGGUGACAAAAGAAGAGUACCUAGCCUGUUUAAGAAGAAAGAGCAGUGGCUUCUCAAGGGGUGUGUCUAAGUACAGGGGAGUAGCAAGGCAUCAUCACAAUGGGAGAUGGGAAGCAAGGAUUGGGAGAGUUUUCGGAAAUAAAUACCUCUACCUUGGCACAUACAGUACACAAGAGGAGGCUGCUCGAGCCUAUGAUAUUGCAGCAAUCGAAUACAGAGGGAUCAAUGCUGUGACCAACUUUGAUUUGAGCACAUAUAUCAGGUGGCUAAAUCCAGCAGCAAACAACCCGGUUUUGCCUCAUGAGUCUCGAGCAAACACAGAGCCUCAAGCAUUGACAUCCUCCAACUUCAUCCUGAGUGAAGAAUCAGAACCCUUGUUUUUCCACAGCAACUCUUUCACCAUGGAUGAUCUCAACCCUCCUCAUAAACAAGAAGUAUUCCAGACAAAAAUCCCUAUAGAACCAUGCAGCAAGUCUUCCUCUCCCACUGCGCUUGGGUUGCUCCUUCGGUCUUCAAUAUUCAGGGAACUGGUGGAGAAGAAUUCAAAUGCCCCUGAAGAUGAAACUGAUGCAGAAGACGCAAAGAACCAACAGCAGGUAGGAAGUGAUGAUGAGUAUGGGAUCUUCUAUGAUGGGAUUGGCGAUAUCCCAUUUGUGUGCCCUUCAAAUGGUGACCGUAAUGAGUUGCAAGAAAGACUUCCACUUCCAUUCACAAUCAGUCAAGGAAAUCCCUAUGGAACAGCAGUAUAAACAAGCAUGCAAUCCAUCAACUAAAACAUGCAGAUGCUUUCAAGAAUCUUCACUACUUUCUAUUAGAAAUUAUUCAAGUACAGCUUCUCUUCGAAGACAUGAAAGCAAGGUUUUUCCCCACUUUUCCUUCCAGUUAUGCAAAAUAAGCUACUCUCAAUUGUCAACUUGUAAUUGACCCACCUUAGAAUCUUAAUGAUCAUCUAAGAUUUUCUUCUCCAAGGAUGAAUGCAAUCUAAAUGUACAGAAGCUUUCCACUCAGCAUGUAAAUAGAGAGAAGCUUUACAGAUCCAGCUAACAAAUGAACCUGGCUUCCAUGUCUUCUCUCUCAAGAUGAUUCCAAUCUAUAUAAGCUAAGCUAUAGACAUUAAGCUAACAAUUAGGUUGUCCACUUUGACAAAUGUAGAAAGCCUCCAGUUCUGUAAGCUCAUUGAUCAAUUGAAAAAUAUGAGGGGCAGUCCUCGAGACUUGCCUCAUU